GCUUCCCUCGGGCUGGAUUUUCUCUGCUUUCAGCUCGGUGUAGGGUUCUGUGGGAGUGACCCGGCCCACGUAGCCCGGCGUGGGUCAGAGGGGCCCGGAGACCCCCGGGGGGGGGCAGAAGAAUCGUGGAACAGCUUGGGUUGGAAGGAGCCUUAAAGACCGUCUCAUUCCAGCCCCGAGAGGCUGGAGGGGGGUUUCUGAGCUCCCCCAUCGGCAUGCUGGUUUGCGUCAGGUGGGGAAGAAGGGGGAGAGGGCAGACUUGCCCCAGUGCCCCCCACCAGAAAACGGGGCUUUGCCCAGCUGUGGGAGUGGAUCCUCGCUGGGUCCCCACCCCUCCCUACGAGCCCCUCCUGCGCUGCCUCCCCAUCCCCGCAGAGCGGAGCAGCGCCGGCUCCUCCGCCUGUGAGUCAGCACAGCCCUUCCGAUCAGCGGCAGCCCCUUCUCCCCUCCGGGAGGAGCCGGGAUGCGGGAAGCAGCAGCCAUUGGCGGCUCCCAGCGGCUCCGUGCCGCAGCCCCGCGCUGAGCCCGGCUUCUCCCUCGCUGCGCCCACCUGUAUCCUCCUCCUGGCUGUCUUCCUCCUCCUCUGCCAGCCUGGAGCUGAGCUGGACGUCCCUGCAUCCCGAGGCUUGCUGGCAUCGCGUUCCCCCCCAGCUUCAGGCGUCGCUCCCCCCGGCGAUCCCGGAGAGCCAACAGCAGCUGCCCGCCGCCGGCACGUGGCUCGCGUAACGCCGGCCGCCACAGAAGGACCUUGUUUGCUCCUGGACCGUGCUCUGAGCAGGGCUGGGCUGGGCUCGGAUGUGCUCUGUGGCUGCCUUGUCUCAGGGCUUUAAAUAUUCAUGCUUUUGAUUUCCUCUGAGCUGCUGGCAACCGCUUGCGAGCACAGGGGCCAGAGCGAGCCGGCAGGGGUGGCGGGGCAGCGGUUCAGGACUCGUCUGUGGGGCACGGGGAGCUGAGCUGAGCCCCUGCUGAAGACGAUGGGAUUCGUCGUGGGUCCGGUUCGGGAGCAGCGAGGGGCAGUGGGGCCUGAGGAGCUCCCAGCUGCGUGCUGAGCCCC